AUGGGGAAGCCGUCAAAGAAGGCUCUCGGAAAACGCAAGGCGCCCCCUGCGCCUCAGAAGAGCGUGAGUUACGACGAGCCGCGAAUGAAAGCUGACGACCAGUCAAACAAGAAGGCUAAGGCUGAACCGGAGCGCGAGGUCGGACCGACAGGCAAGCCGAAGCGUCGCCCCGACCAGCCGAAGAAGGUCAAGCUGCGCGACCAGAAGUUUAUUCCUGUUCCGAAAACCGAGUUCGCGUCCGACGACGAUGAGGACCUGAUGGACCUUGGCGAGGACGACGAGCUCGACAUAGGUCAGGCUGGAGGUUUCGCCGCUGGACUGGACAGGAAUGCCCUGUCACGAACAACUAAGGAGACGAAGCGUAUUCACGCUAGCGAGAAGGCGCGGGAGACGUUCCCGGAGCAGAAGAAGAAGCGUGAGCCGUCACCGGUCUCGGCGUCGGACAUUUCGGACUACGACUUCGACUCAGAGAUCAGCCUGUCGGGCGACGAGGAAGGCGACGACGAGCCGCUGCCGUCUGGCUUUGACCUCGAUGACUCGGACCUCGGCUCUGAUCUUGACAGCGACGAUGAGGAGGACGACUCGGAGGAAGGUUCUGACGACGGCUCCCUCGGAUCGGACGACGAGGACGCCUUCGCCGCCGAAUACGACGCCCUCAGUGAGGACAGCGACGACGAGUCCGAGGAAGAGCAGCCGAAACCCAAGAAGAAGAAGAGAAAGGACGAGGAGGCCGAGUACGAGACGGCGGGUCGUGCGCGGUGGGCGGAGCCCGAGUCGGACGAGGACAAGGACCACGCCGAGGUCGGCCGACUACCGAUCAAGCUGCCAACGGGAGAGGUACAGCUCGUUGAGGGAACGACGAAGAUUGCCCUCCCGCCGCCGAAGAAGCCGGCCCAGCAGCCCAAGAAGGUUCAGCCGGAGUCGGAAGACGAGAGCGACGACGCCAGUGACGUGGACGAGGCCGCCGCUCACCUCGCCGCGCAGCCGGGACGUUUCGGACGGAUGAACAUUGCUGAGAUUGUCGCUGCGAAGGGGUGGAAGAACGUGCAGAAGCUCGCUGCCGCCAAGGAGCAGCUCGCGCAGACGGGAGCGGAGAUUCUGGGUGGCGGUGAACUCGUCGACGUUGCCCCGACGAUCACGCGACUCGCGACGUUUUCGCUGGCGGAGGUCCAGUCGCCCGACGAGGACGGCAAGAUGCUCCCAGUCCCGGCUUCGAUCCGUGCCACGGCGUUCCUGUCGCAGCUCGCUGUGUUCAAGGACUUGAUCCCGGGCUACCGUAUCCGACAGUUGACGGCGCAGGAGGAGGCGGAGAAGGUGCGCGACGAGGUGCGGAGAAUGCGUGAAGGCGAGAAGGCGCUUGUUCGCAACUACAAAACGUACCUGAAGGCGCUCGAGGUCGAGGUCAAGGGCAAGACGCCGCUCGGCACCGUUGCGCUCAAGUGUCUGUGUGAGCUGCUGACGGCUGUCCCGCACUUCAACUUCUCGGAGAACAUCAUGGGCGUGCUCGUCGGCCGCAUUGGACGAAGGUCAUGGGACGACGACAGCGAACUCAUCCUGAACACGUUUGUGAGCGUGUUCCACGCCGACCUGGCCGCGACCUACUCGCAGGCACUUGUCAAGCUCAUCGCGCGUAUGAUCAAGGAGCGCAAGUUCCAGGUGCACCCGAACGUGCUCAGCUGCAUGCUACACUUGCGCCUGAGAACGGAGCUGACGCACAUGCGUGCGAACAAGAAGGACCUGAAGCGCAAGGGCAAGUUCGACAAGCGCAAGGGCAAGGGCAAGGACAAGGAGGAAGGUCCCAAGUUCAAGUCUGAAAUCCGCAAGAAGUGGCAGACCAAGAACCAGCGCAAGCGCGAGAAGGAGCUCAAGGAGGUCGAGAAGGAGAUGGCCGAAGCCGAGGCCGAGGUCGACCAGGAGGAGCGCGAGCAGAUCCAAACCGAGACGCUCAAGAACCUCUUCGUACUCUACUUCUCGAUCCUGAAGAACCCGGGACGUAGCCCGCUGCUUCCGGCUGCUCUUGAGGGUAUCUCUCACUUCUCGCACCUCAUCAACGUCGACUUCUUCCGGGAUCUGCUCACCGUCAUCCGCAAGAUCAUCGCGGACCGCAAGGCCGAUGACGAGGAGGACGAGGACCUCGACCCCGUCGGCGCCUCGCAGCGUGUCCGUAUCCGUAUGCUCGGUAUCGUCACUGCCUUCGAGCUGCUUAGCGGACAGGGAGAGGCGCUCAACAUCGACCUGGGCGACUUUGUGACCGAGCUUUUCGGUCUGCUCCGCCCUCUCUCGCUCGACACGGGUAUCGAGGAUCCGCCGCUGAUGACCGAGGCGACGGCCGUGGCUGCCGCGAAGCAGGCGCAGAACAAGGGCAGGAAGGCCGAGCGCGCGCCGACGCACACGCUCUCGACGUCUGGCCUUCUUUUCCGCUGUCUCGAGGCCAUCUUCUUCCCCCGGUUGUUCGCCUCGACGGCAUCGGCGCCGCCCCUUCGUGCCGCCGCGUUCGCGAAGCGCCUCGUCGAGUGCGCCCUUUUCUUCCCGCCCGCCACGGCCAAGGAGGCUAUCACCUUUGUCCGCCGCCUCAGCGCCAAGGAGCCCAAGCUCGCCAACCUCCUCGACACUGAGGAGCGCAUGUUUGACGGCGUGUACAGGCCUGAAAUGGACGAUCCCCAGCUCACCAACCCCUACACUACCUCGCUGUACGAGCUCGACGAGCUCGCCGAUCACCACUGGGACAACAAGGUCAGGACCGAGACGCGCAAGCUCCGUGACGCCAACUUUGUUUAG